AUGGAAUCUCUUAUUAAAACAGAACCUUUGUACAACAUCUCGUAUGCAAAAGAAUCACCAGGAAUCUACUUCGACUACAUCUCCGACAUGCAUACAACAGCUGCAAAUUGGGAGAUAGCAAUAUAUUUAAAUGUGUCCAUUUAUCAGGCACAUUAUUUACAAAUCAACAAUUUUCAGAUUGAAACUCUAGGACUUUGCAAUGAAGCGACCGAAAGUUUUUCAAAUGAAUGCAGUUUCUUAUGCUUAAAAAAGAAAUGUUAUACUUCUGACAUUUGUUCGUUGUUUAAGACUACAUCAGAAAAAGUUUUGACCGAAUUUGAAUUUGGGACUAACAAAUUACUCCAAAUAGUUGAAGAACAGUAUCAUUCAAAACAUAAACGUGAUGUAGCCAGCAGUAUAAAAGAAAUGAUAUAUACUCUGUUCGGGUCUAUAAAAAUAGACGAUGUUUAUAAAUUAUACUCAAAUAUCAGAACAAUGAUAAAAAUGGACAGAAAUCUUAAAAUUUAG